GCGCGCCGCCUCCCGCGUGGGAAUCUCCAGCGGGCGCUCGGGCCUGCAGGGGCGGGGCGUCCUGGGCACCCGGGAUUGGCAUGCCCGGAGCCUUCUCCCGUCGUGCACCGGGGCGCCGGCCACUCACCCGGAAGGAGAAGCCGAGACUCAGGCUCUAUGGUGCGGCGUCGGCGGUGUCGCUGCGGGGAGUGGGUGCUGCUCUCAGGAGCCAGCCUGGACCAUUUGUUGGCAGUACAUAUUGGCUGAAGUCAGUUUUCAUUUCAAGAUGUUUUCUUCCAAUGGGCGUUUGGUGUAGGAUGUUGGAAAACCAGGAGCAGGAGGAGGUGAUCACCGUGCGUGUUCAGGACCCCCGCGUGCAGAAUGAGGGCUCCUGGAAUUCUUAUGUGGAUUAUAAGAUAUUUCUCCAUACCAACAGCAAGGCCUUUACUGCCAAGACGUCCUGUGUGCGUCGCCGCUACCGUGAGUUCGUAUGGUUGAGAAAGCAGCUACAGAGAAAUGCCGGUUUAGUCCCUGUACCUGAACUUCCUGGGAAGUCAACCUUCUUUGGCAGCUCAGAUGAGUUCAUCGAGAAGCGCCGGCAAGGUCUGCAGCACUUCCUGGAAAAGGUCCUGCAGAGUGUGGUUCUCCUGUCGGACAGCCAGCUACACCUCUUCCUGCAAAGCCAGCUCUCGGUGCCCGAGAUCGAAGCCUGUGUCCAGGGCCGAAGCCCCAUGACCGUUUCUGACGCCAUUCUUCACUACGCUAUGUCAAACUGUGGCUGGGUCCAGGAGGAGAGGCGGGGUUCUUCUCACUUGGCUAAAGGAGACCAGCCAAAGAGUUGCUGCUUUCUUCCAAGAUCGGGCAGGAGGAGCCCUCCCUCACCACCUCCCAGGGAAGAAAAGGACCAUUUCGAGGUGUGGGCUCCCGUUGUUGACUCUGAAGCUCCUUCCUUGGAAAGCGCCCCUCUGCCGCCCUCCCCCUCGCCAUCAUGCUGUGAUUUUACAAGACCUGAAGAGGGAACGUCUGCUUCUCAGCCAGUGAGGAGGGCUGUGGCGGGGGACCGUGCUGUGCCUUUGGACCCUGGGCAGUUAGAAACGGUUUUGGAAAAAUGAGCUCUGGCCUGAGUCCUGGGUUCUGCUCCAAGGCUGCAGGGGGACUGGCCGGGCUGGGAUCGGGCACAGGGUAGGUGUGGGGCCAUUGGGCCACUCAGUGUCUUACGGUUGCCUCUGCUCAGGUUGGUUGCACAGAGGUGGGUCGCAGCAGCUCCUCGAGCUUCCACCACGGGAGUAAGCACCGCACAGCUGUCAGGAAGGCCGGCGGUGUUUGCUUCUGCCGGAGACACACGGCAUAUAUUUACUCCCUUGGGAGCUGAGUUUCUGUAGAUGUUUGUGAAUGGGCCCAGGAGCAUUGCCUCAGGUGACUGGUUUUGGGGACCUGCAAGUGGCAGAUGUUAAGCUGUCCUAUUGAACACUGACCCAACAGAAAUGCUUGCGUAGUUGUAUUCCCAGGGGCUGUGAUUUUGCGGCGGCCCUUCGGAGCACUGUUUCUGGGAGGCUGGCCUCUUGCCUGCCUUCUCUCCGGGGACCGGGUGGCGAAUGUCGAUCCUCCCACCUUCCCCUUGCUCGCCUGCCUUCCUAACACCGCGGAACGGAGCGGUGCUGUGAUUCCUGUCGCCGGGGGUUCCCGCAUACCCCGAGACCUCAGUCUCCCCGUGUGGGACCCGAGACUCGUGAAAUAGCUCACGGCCAUCCGCCGAAGAGAAGUGGUCAGGCACAGCCGGAGGAAGGGCAGCGGCUUGGGGGGUUUUGUUUUAGAAAAGGCUGUCCUGGGUCCUGAGCUGUCGCUGUCCCCUCUGGUUAUAAAGCAGAGCUGUGACUAUCUUUCCUGCAGGGUUGGCGCUGGCUCCUUGCUUUUUUGAAUCCUUCUCUUCUCCCUUAGUAACAGCCCCCUGCCCCUGGGGCUUCAGCUUCCACAGAGCCCCUCCCUGUGUGGCAGGGAGGCCGUCUGUUCAGUCCAAUGGGGCGCAAGGGCUUUGUUUGUGCCUGGAGAGAGGGCUCUGGGGAGGGAGAUGAGGAACGACUCGCCUUCAGACAAUGAGGCAUUCAGCCCUCCUGCUGCCAUAAUUCCUCUCCGCAGAGAGCCAGCGCGGGUAGGGCAGGAGAUGAGAGCCGCUGGCAGUGUGCGGUGCUCGGCGCUUAGGUGUUUAGGUGUGGGUGUGUGGCUCUCCUCUCACCCACCCCUUCCUCCUCCGGCCGCCCCACCCCUGUCUGCGGGCUCCUUUACUACCAGCCUGGGCUGUGGGACUGUCAAGGCAUUUAGUUCAGAGUUGAGGGGCUUUGGCCUGAAAUAAAAUUCCAAGUAUUUAAGA